CGAUGAAAGUGGUUUGUGGAGUUUUCCAGUGAAAAAACCAUGACUAGUGAUAAAGUGAUCUUCAGGCAUGAGGAUCCUCAUGGACAGGGGGAUCUCUACUUCGUCUGGCAGACGGGCGGUUCUGGUGUUCUCCUGGCCACCACGGGCAGUGACAGCACAAUUGCAAUCUUCAAUCGGCAGGGACAGAUGCAACACCGGAUAGUGCUUCAGGGGCUGUGCUGUGGCUUCGGCUGGGACGCCGAUGGAGACGUCCUGGGAGCGAUUUGCUUGGGCACUUCGCAGCUCCUCUUGUGGGACGCCAACACGCAGAAGAAGCAGCUGGUGGACAUUGGGCUCAGAGACACACCCACCUGCAUCAUGUGGGCGAAGCAGGGCCAGGUUGUGGCCGUGGGCACAACCAGAGGCAACUUGGCGAUCUACAACAAUCAGACAACACGCCGGAUUCCAGUGCUGGGAAAACACUCGAAACGCAUCUCGUGCGGCGUGUGGAGCAAGGAGAACAUUCUGGGCCUGGGCAGUGACGACAAGACACUGUCGCUAAGCAACGACGAGGGAGAUUCGCUGAGAGUCGUGCAGCUGCGCGAUCUGCCCAGCGAUAUGCACUUUGCCGAGAUGAAGACGGACGAGCGUUUGCCAGGAGAGAACACAAUCAGCGUGAUCCUGGGCAAGAGGACACUGUACUUGUACCAUCUGCCCGAACCGGACUCGCCGACGGAACUGGGAUUUCAGCAGCGCUACGGAUCGCUGCUGCAGCACAAGUGGUUUGGCGAUGGAUACAUUCUGCUGGGCUUCUCUCUGGGACACGUCGUGGCCAUUUCCACGCAUCCCAGAGAGGUGGGUCAGGAGCUGUGGCAGGUGAAGAACCACAGAGAUACGCUGACUGGACUGGCGGUGAGUUCUGCUCUGCGAAUGGUGGCUUCUUGUGGCGACAACAGCAUCAAAGUGCACGCCAUGAGCAAUUUGCAGGAGACUGCCAAGAUCCUUCAGUUGCCCGAUCACACGGCAGCGCGCGGGAUUGAUUGGAGUGCCGAUGGUCAGCUGCUGGCCACGGCCACUGCCCAGGGCGGCUUGUGUGUCUUCGUGACGCAGCUGCACUCGCUCAGCGCCGUGUGUGCUCCGCGAGUGGCGCUGCUGAGCAGCCUGGCCGAGGUGACGAUCUUCAGCUGCAACCCAGAGAGGAUCAGAUCCACGCCGGCUGUGGUGAGCCUCGAGGUGGAGCCCUCGUUCAUCGGCCUGGGGCCACAGCAUCUCGUCUGCGGCAUGAACAAUCACGUGUGGUUCUACGAUUUGGGCAGAUCUCUGCGCGAUGGCGCGCUCUUGCUGGGCGACAGAGAGUACAUGUCGGAGGUGAAGGAGGUGCGCCUGACUGCGGAGUUCUGUGCUGUGCUGUGUGGACGUCAUGCGAUGCUGCAUCCGAUCGAGAGCACGCCAAGUGAGGGCACAGAGCGCAGAGAUCCCAGACAGUUUCCCGAGGACGUGACUGGGAUGGAGGACGCGGUGAUCACCAGCAUCUGCUUGGCGGGUGACUUCUUCGCCUUUGCGACUGAUCUGGGGGCGAUUGUGCACUUCUCACUGGAACAGUGGGACAGAUCGAUGAUCUUCAGACACGCCGUGGGCGUGAGGAGUCUCUCAGCGGACGCUGAUGGAACGCGAGUGAUUGCCAUUGACGAUCACGACGCGGGAUUUGUCUAUGCGCCCAUGACAGAAGAAAUGCUCCCCAUUCCGGACUUCCCGAAGCAAUGCUCGGCUGUCUUGUGGGAUUGUCUGCAGGGACAGGUGUUUGUGGCGUGCGGCAACAAGCUGGCUGUGACUUACGUUCACGUGAGACACUCAGUGUCGAAGGCUCAUGUUGUGAAGGUGGGCGAAACGCGUCUCUUGGCUGAUCAGACGCCGCUUCUGCUCUUCGAUGGGGAGCUGAAUCUGGGCGUGACUGGAGGAAGUCUAACCACUCUCACCCUGAACACCCAUCGUGUGGCGCCCGAGGCGGAGGAUCGCCUGGAAAACGUGCUGGCGCUCAGGAAGUUCCCCGCAGCCUGGGACAUCUGCUCUGAGUUGAACGAUCGCGAGCAGUGGUUGCGAUUGGCCAGAGCGGCUCUGGCGGACCUGGAAGUGGCCUUCGCCAUGAGAGUCUUCAGGAAGAUCUCCUGUCCAGCUGUGGUGUUUGCGCUGGAAGAGCUGCUGGGCGUGGAGGAUAAGAAUUUCCUGGCUGGCAGGUGUGCUCAGCUCCUGGACAUGGCGGACGAGGCUAAGAGGCACUUUGCCAGGAGUGCGGCUCCUCGAGAAGCUCUGGAGCUGUGCAGGGAUCUGCUGCAGUGGGAAGAGGCGAUGGCAUUGGCUGAGAAUAUUGAUCCCGAGAGUGUGCCUGCGAUUGCGCGGGAAUACGCUGGUCAGCUGGAGUUUGGAGGCUCUCAUGCUGCCGCUCUGGCCCACUAUGAGAGGGCACUGAAGAGUGGCGCGCAAUCCCAGGAGCACGUGAGUCUGUGCAAGGCAGGAAUUGCGAGGACUUCGAUCAAGAACAGGGAUUUCCGGAGGGGAAUUCAAUUGGCGCUGGAGCUGCAGGAGAAACACUUGCUGAAUGACUGUGGAGAAUCUCUGGCGAGUCUUGGUCAGACGUCGGAUGCGGCGAUGCUGUUCGAGAAGGCGGGCAAUUGGGAUGCCUGCUGUGGACUGUACAUUCAGUUGAAGAACUGGAGCAAAGUUGAGGAGCUCCUGAGCAGAGUGACGAGUCUGAAACUUCAUGCAGCGUUCGCCAAGGCGAGGGAAGCUGAUGGGAAGUUCCAGGACGCCAUUCGAGGCUACACAGCAGCUGGAGAUCUGGACAGUGUGGUGAGAAUUUACCUGGAACAGCUCAGUGAUCCUCAUGCGGCAUCAGAAAUCGUCCUUGAGACACGCUCUGUGGAGUCUGCAAAGUUGCUGGCGAGGUUUUACCAGCAGAUCGGCGACACAGAGUCUGCCAUCCAGUAUCUGAUCAUGUGUGGCUCUGUCCAGGAGGCUUUCUCACUGGCUGAGCGGAGGAACAAAGUGAGGGAAUUCGGGGAGCUUCUUGAGCAGUACGACGGAGCGCGGCCGGAUGAUUUCCUGGUCCUGGCGCAGCACUUUGAGACGGAGAAGUACACUCUGCUGAGUGGGAAGUAUUACUUCCUGGCCAAAAUGUACACCAAGGCGCUGAAGCAUCUUCUGAAGGCUUCGGCGUUCAGCAAUGAGGAGAACAUAGCUCUCUCCCUGGCCAUAGACUGCGUAGCCUCAGCCAAUGAUGAUCAGCUCACUGCCCAUCUCAUUGAGUUCCUCCUCGGCGAGACGGAUGGCGUGCCGAAGGACCCCAAACUCCUCUUUCGGCUGUACAUGGCGAAGAAGGAGUUCCGUGAGGCCGCGAAGGCAGCCGUGAUUAUUGCUAAUCAGGAGCAGCUUGCCGGGAAGUAUCGUUCUGCCCACAAUCUCCUCUUCUCCAUGUAUCAGGAACUGCGGAGGAACAAUCUCAGCAUCAUGGCGGACAUGAGGGGCGCUCUGGUUCUCCUUCAUCGCUACAUUCUCGUCCGGAUUCACGUGCAACUCGGUGAUCAUCUGCAGGCGGCCAAACUCCUGGUGCAAGUGGCUACGAACAUCUCCCAGUUUCCCUCGCAUGUCGUCCCGAUUCUCACCUCGACGGUGAUUGAGUGUCAGCGAGCUGGAUUGAGAGCCUCAGCCUUCACCUUCGCCUCCACACUCAUGAGGCCUGAGCACCGCAAUCAGAUUGACGAGAAGUACUCUAGGAAGGUGGAGGGAAUUGUCCGGAAGGCUCCCAAGGGGAUUAAAGAGCUCUCGGACGAGGCCACGCUCGAGAUGACGCCGUGCGCCGCUUGUGGAGUGCAACUUCUGGCUAUGGAGACGACUUGCCAUCACUGCAAAGUCACUUUGCCCAUCUGCAUCGCCACGGGACAGCAUCUGGUCGCCGAGGGCAUCGCAGCGUGUCCAGAGUGCGACUUUCCGGGUGUCAAGGAGGCGAUGAUCAGAGUGUUUGAGGCCACAAACUCCUGUCCAAUGUGCGGAGAGAGUGUCGACUCCAACAAACUGAGGGACGUUGAAGAUGUUUCGAUCUAUCUGUCGUCUUGAAUCGUUAAUUUUAGGGAUUUUCCACGAAACAUUCCACAGCAAAUGAGCAAUUUUCCGUCCACAGAACAAUGGUAUGUUUAAUUGAAAUACUCACAAUAAAGAUCUGUAUUUAUUUAGAGAGAGAGAGAG